AUGCCUCUCGCCACCGUCCACUUGGUCGCUCUUGCGAAAGACAACACCAUCUCCAACUAUGUCAAAGCGCUUCACUCAUCUUCCGUGAAGCCAUACGUCGUCUCACGAGCAGUCCGAUGGAUCAUCAAACCAGAAAAACUCUCCGUUCCAGAACUCCUGGACACAAAAUGGGAUCUCCUCAUCAUCUUGCCAGCCUCCGAGAAAAUGCCCUCCCAAUGCCUUGACAAAACCUCCAUCUCCGCCCACUGGAGCAUCACCGCCGGCGUCCCCUCCAGCCUUACCAAGGACUUCCACGCCCGCAACCAAAACCUCCUCCACCCAAACCCAUCCUCCGUCCCCGCCCUAACCGGCUCAAUGAACAAGCCUAAAAUGUCCAACUCCUCCCAAGGCCUCGAGCUCGCCCCGGACCUCCUGGAAUGGAGCAAGUCCUUCUCCCUUGGCGGCGGGGCAAUGAGCAUGCUCAACCUCCUCGCCUUCAAACCGGGCAAAGAAGCGCACGACAGCUACCUCCGCUACGGCGCCGCGUUUGCUAAAUCCAUCGGUUCCAAGCGCGGAGGUACAGCGAAGAUUGUCGGCAAAGUUGUGCCGGAGUUUGGGAGUGCGGAUGAGGAUCGCGCCGGGUGGGAUGAGAUUGCGCUGGCGCAUUAUCCGAGUAUUGGGCAUUUUGUUGAUAUGCUUGCCGGGGAGGAUUAUCAGGAGGUUAAUCAUAAAGAUAGGCUGCCGGCGUUGAGGGAUACGUUGAGUUGGAUGGGGAGUUGA